AUGAAGUUCGUUGCUGUUGCCUGUCUGGCUACCAGCGUUGCGGCCGGUGUCGUCGACCCUUCUGCCGCGGUCGUUGAACGCGAUAUCAAUGCCAUCACAGACGUCAUGACCGAAGUUGGCCACGGGCUCGACAAUCUCGAUGCUCAAGUCAAGGGAUUUACAACCGACCCUAAACCGGUCGAGGAUGCUGCAGCCGCCGUUAUUCAGACACUGCAGAGAGGGAAGACUACGGUCGAUGCUCAGCCCGAUCUGACAUUGGGUGACGCUCUCGGCCUUCAGGACCCCGUCAAGACUCUGCAGGUCAAGGGCGAGACCCUGCUCGCUGAUCUCAAGGCAAAGAAGAAUGUAAUUGAGAAUGGGAACUAUUGUGCUCUCGUCCGCAAGCAGACCAUCAAUAUCAACACCUACUCCAACGCACUCAUUGACGCCACGGUCUCCAAGGUUCCCGCUAUUGGGCAGGGCAUUGCCAAAAACAUCGCUGCCGGUCUCGUUAAGGUGUUGCAGGAAUCUCAGAACGAGUUCAAUGAGAAGAACUGCAUUGAUAAGAGGCCACCGCCUCAAGCGACCACUAAGGGCCAAACCACCGAGACUACGACCAAAAAGCCGCACAUGACGACUUCUGAAGAGCCUUGCACCGAGACCGAGACUACCACCCAAGGUCAUCAUACUACGGACAAGCCUCAUCACAGUACUACCUCUGAAGAGCCUUGCACCGAGACCGAAACCACCGAGAAGCCUCACACCACGAGCAAGCACCAUCACACUACCACUUCCGAGGAACCCUGCACUGAAACUGAGACGUCAACUCAGGGCCACCACACUAGUACCAAGCAUCAUCACACUACCACGGAGUCUUGCGUAGAGACUGAAAGUACGACCGCUGCUAGAGGUACCACCACUAGCUCUGGUGCUGGCAUUACUUCUACUCCUUCUACAAAGACUGAAAACACGACGGCUCCCGGAAGCACAUCUACAAACUCUGGUUCAGCUUCUGUUUCCACUCCUUCCACCAAGACGGCAACUACGACAGCUUCUGGGGGCACUACAACGUCACCCGCCAUGACCAUCAGCACCGCGUACACUACCAAAACUUACACAAUCUCGGAAUGCCCUCCCACCGUGACUAACUGCCCCGUUGGUCACACUACUACGGAGGUCAUCCCGGUGUACACCACAGUAUGCCCUGUUACAGAGACUGUUCAGACCCCUAAGCCUACAACUUUCAAGGCUCCUAUUAUGACCACUAGCACGGUGUAUACCACCAAGACUUACACUAUUUCCGAAUGCCCUCCCACCGUGAUCAACUGCCCUGUCGGUCACACUACCACCGAGGUCAUCCCCGUGUAUACCACUGUUUGCCCUGUUGAGGAAACCCAAACACACACGGUUGUGCCUACCAAGCCUACUGGCGGCCAGAACCCCCCUCCUCCUCCUCCCCAAGAAACUACAUUCGUGACGGUUCCUGGUAAGGCUCAGCCCACUGGAGGCAACGGUGGAAACCCGCAACCUACCAGCGGUAACGGCGAGAACCCUCAGCCAACCGGCGGCAAUGGAGGCAAACCCCAGCCCACUGGUGGUAACGGUGAGAGCCCUCAGCCUACGGGAGGCAACAGUCAAAACACUCAGCCAACCGGCGGUAAUGGAGGCAAACCUCAGCCCACUGGUGGUAACGGAGGCAAUCCCCAGCCUACUGGCGGUAACAGCGAGACCCCUCAGCCCACUGGUGGUAACGGAGGCAAUCCCCAGCCUACUGGCGGUAACAGCGAGACCCCUCAACCCACCGGUGGCAAUGGAAGCAACCCUCAGCCAACUGGUGGUAACGGGGGCAAUCCCCAGCCUACUGGUGGUAAUGUAGGCAACCCUCAGCCUUCCGGAGGCAGCGGCGGAAACCCUCAACCUAGCAACACCCCCGUCACCGCUGGUGCCGCUUUUGUUGGUCCUGCCACUGCGUUUGCCCUUGCAGUUGCCGCCCUGGUUGUUGUGUAA